CGCACAGAGUGGAUUGUCUGCCACACCACUGAAAACUGGACCCAGUUGCAGUUCUCUAGAGGGGAUGACAUGAUAGCGAUGGUCCACAAAGCGGAGGCCUGGAUAAAUGUGAUAAAUGUGGACAGGAACGGGUCAGCAUUCUUCAUCACCUCCACCGCUGAAGAGGAUGAUGGGAGUUCUCCCUUCUACGAAGAACCAGUGAUAAAGACGUUAAAUGUGACGUGUCGGUGGUGGACUCCACCCAACAAGGCGAAAGGGUGGCAGCUGUUCCUGGAGGGGAGAUACUGGAUCAUCGUGGUUGUGGCGUCGUCCUCUGCGCUGCUCUGCCUGGCGCUCAUGGGCUGCUUCGUAAGCGUGAAACGCAGGAGGAGGGUGAGGAGACAGGCCAAGAGCAGGUUCUUCAAGGUGAGCACAACCGCCAGGAAUCUCUACACAGACUCCAUCGACCCGGAGGCAGACGUUGCCCACAAGGAUCAGGAUUUCACCUAUCAGAAUGUGUCUCUGUCUAAAGUCGUCAAUGAUGAUUGUUUCUCAAACAAGAGCUCCUUCCUGUCUGUGGGUGGCGAUUCUUAUCUGGAGCCGAUAGUUGAAGGAGGUGAUCAGGUGUCCGAUGGUGGCUGCUACGAGAACACCACUCCGGAUCGAGGCGACCACCAGGGCUCCCUAGAUGGCGACUGCUAUGAAAAUGCCAGUGAAGAAAUUAAAGAUGGAUCGGAGGGGUCCCAGUCAUAUGAAGACAUGAAAGGAUCCGUCUGUAUACAAACGGAAACCGAGACUCUGCCUGACGAGGGGAUAACGCAGGACGAGGAUGCUGAUUCCUAUGAGAACAUGCAGACUCCUCUGUACACCCAACUAAAUCGUAUAAUUUACCCCCCACACAAACCCACCGAGGAGCAGGCUGAGGGCAGGAAGGCAAGUCUGGUGGACCCCACUCCCCACCCGCACCCCAGAAAAGAGUCCCGCAAACUUCAAGAACUCAAUGGAGAUUUUUAUGUUUCCUAUGAAACCAACAACCUGUGACAGGAUCCGAGCGCAGAGAGGGAAUCCCCGCAGCAGCACAGCCCAAUAUUAGCCAUCAUCAGUGCAGACUAUGGGGCGUCGGGUGCUGGAUCCGCACCAAGGACCUAUGGACAUGUAUGAAGAUGUCUACUGACUCCGUUCCUGGGCUGCAGAGCUGACAAUU